GAAGUACGCCAAGGACACGCGCUACUGCACCUCUGGCGUCUCCACGCACGACAAGAACACCAUGGAGGCCGUGCCAGCCUGCCUCCUCAAGGACGUGUACCAGGAGGCACUGGGCUCCGCCGUCAUCGGCAUUGACGAGGGCCAGUUUUUCCCAGAUGUCGUGGAGUUCUGUGAGGUCAUGGCCAAUGCUGGGAAAACUGUCAUUGUUGCUGCUCUUGAUGGGACUUUCCAGAGAAAGGCGUUCGGGAGCAUCCUGAACCUGGUGCCGCUGGCAGAGAGCGUGGUGAAGCUGAACGCCGUCUGCAUGGAGUGCUACCGAGAAGCCUCCUACACAAAGAGGCUGGGAGCAGAGAGGGAGGUUGAAGUGAUUGGAGGAGCAGACAAGUACCACUCCGUCUGCCGAGCCUGCUACUUCCGCAAGCGGCCUCAGCAGCUGGGGUCGGAAAACAAGGAGAACGUGCCCAUGGGGGCGAAGCAGCUGGAUGUGGCUGCCUCCCGAAAGAUCUUUGCUUCUUGACUGCUGGGCUCCUGCAAGGAG